ACAUUGUCUUAUAAAUGUGUCCAGUAAAUCACAUAAUCUCUUUUAUUGGAUACAGAAAUUUGUUUUUCAUUUCAAAGUAAGUAUCAGGCCACAGACCUUUUUAUCUUAUUUUAAAAAUAAAAUAAUGUAUUACUUUGUUUGAUGGACUAUUUAGGCAGCUCAGAUUGAGGAACCAGGCUAAGGUGUCAUUUAGUGGGUUGGUGUUCCCCAUGUUUUGUUAACUUAAUUGUAUCAACAAAAAAAGAUUGGAAUAUUGUACAAACGAAGCGUCGUGAAUUACUGGGUCGAAAUAUUUAUAUAAAACAUAAUUUAUGUUUCGUGCUAAAAUUUUUACAUGGCCAUUUUGACCUAUGACCUCAAACGGAUGGUGCCUUUUUUUGUAAAUAUUAAAAAAAAAAUAAUAAAUAAUUAAAAUGCAAUAUUUUGAUCAUAUUCUGUCUUAGUUGUGAAAAAUCAAAAUAUGGCCCAUUGAACACAAUAAUGCUGAUACUGAUGUGAUCCAUCCAUCACUGUAAUGGUUAUGUUCAUGUAAUCAAUUCACCACUGUAAUGCUUAUAUUGAUGUGAUCUAUUAAUUACUGUGAUGCUUAUAUUGACGUGAUCCAUUUAUUACUGUGAUGCUUAUAUUGAAGUGAUCCAGUUAUUACUGUGAUGCUAACAUUGAUGGUAUCUAGUAAUUACUGUGAUGCUUAUAUUGACGUGAUCUAUUAAUUACUGUGAUGCUUAUAUUGACGUGAUCCAUUAAUUACUGUGAUGCUUACAUUGACUGACCCAAACUGAGAUCAAACACUAUCAAACCAUUAUUUCAACUUUCACUCUCUUUAAAUGUCCAUUGUCAAAUUUCUGAACUAUUCCUAUUUCCUCUAACUUUGUAGGUGAAUAUGGGCAACAGGCCAGGUAGGCAAGGACUGCGUGAUGAUCUUUUCAAAGGGCACCUCAAAAGGCAUUUCAAACAUACAGAUCAGAAGACUCUUGGUUAGUAUAUGACAACUUUUGAUGGAAAUGAAGACUUUUUCUCAUUUUUUUUUAAUAUUGUGUUCUUGAUAUUACCAUGUUCUUGUUCUUAUUAAUAAGAGGUUCUCUCUUUUGUCUUACUUAGACUUUUUCAAAUUUCUUAUUUAUUCGACCACCUUAGUUUAUUUUUCAACAAUAUCUUCUUCUUAAUUCAUAUUUAAACUAUAUAUGUAUAUACUGUUGUUAUGUAAGAUGAUAUACAUAAAUUCAUAUUCUCAGUAUAAUGAAGUGCCCUUAUCAUUUUCACUAGGAACUUUUUUAUGUUUAGUUAAUUUUCUUUAAAAGCUCUUAUUUUUGUAUUGUUUUUUAAUUUUUAAAAUUACUUCAUAGACAUUUAAAUUUUGAAAUAACAACGUCCCGUAGCUCGUUUUAUUUUGAUUGAGUCAAUAUUAUAUAAAGUUAUAUCCCCUCUUAUUUCUUCUGAUAUCCGUAAUACACUUUUAAAAAUAUUUUUAAAAUAUAUCCAUGAUUUAAUCACUUUAUUUCUUUAAAUUAUUGUCACCUUUUUUGUCAAUUAUUCUUCGCAUUAUUUGUCACAUUUUUCUUCACAUUUUUCUAUGCAUUAAGUUUCACAUUAUUCGUCAAAUUAUUUGUCACGUUAUUGGUCACAAUGUUUGCCACAUUAUUUAUAACAUUAUUUGUCAAAUUUUUUAUCACAUUUUUAUUUAUAACGUUAUUUAUCCCAUUUUAUCAGAUUAUUUGUCACAUUAUUUCAGAGGUUCUCUCCAGUGAAGACAAGACAUGGGCACUAACACAACACGAUGCAAACUUGUUUACUUUCAAGAGCGAGAAGUUUCCUUGCGGUAAGUCGAGGCCAUUUAACAACGCAGAUGUGUCAUUGAAAUCAUUACUAGGCUGACGGUUGACUGCCUUAGAUUAGGAUUCGAACCUACUGUUAGAAUUUCAGGCUCGUUUCGGUUCGUCGACAACUUAAGUUUGGGAUAGUUUCGGUUCGGAAACAGCGUAAGUUUGGUAAUAACUAGAGCUGUCAUUAUUUUUUUCGGCAAACCAAUUAUCGGUUUUAAAGACAUCCGGUUUUAAACAUGUGGUUUUUUUUAAAACGUAAAGAUACCGGUAACUAACAACGCCAUAACAACAAAGGCAGCAGGCGCUUUCUAUUGUCUACAUAUCACCUUUCUAUCUUCUUCCUGUUAUCUUUCAAUCUUCUUUCUAUAAAUUUUCUAUCAUCUCCAUAUCUCCUUUUUUAUCUUCUUCCUAUAAAGCUUCUAUCUUCUACCUAUUAUCGUUCCAUCAUCUUUCAAUCAUUUUUCUAUAAUCGUUCUAUCAUCUUUUAAUCUUCUUCCUAUCAUCUGUCUUUCAUCUGUCUAUCACCUUUCUAUCAAUUUUCCAUCAUAUCUCUAUCGCCUUUCAAUAUUCUUUCUGUCAUCUUUCUAUCAUCUCCCUAACCCCUUUCUAUCUUCUCUCAAUCAUCUUUCGAUCAUCUUUCUAUCAUCUUUCAACCCUCUUCAACAAUAUUUCUAUAAUCUCUCUAUCAUUAUCUAUAAUACCUCUAUCAUCUUUCAAUCGUCUUUCUAUAAUCUUCCCACUUCACGUUUAAUAUGUUGCGUUACCUCAGGGUUUUGAUUUAAAACUUGUACAAUCAUCCUACUCACUGGGGCGUACUGUUGCCCUCUCCACCUACGCCGGCGUCCUUUCGUCACAAUAUGACGAUGGCGUAAACUUUGCAGGACGAAAUCCGCAAGGGGGGUUAUUCUUAUUAGGAUUAUAAGCUGGUUCUCUGCACGGCACAUCGACUCUCUCCACGCCGCUGGAUAACAACCCAAGUGUGGAUGACACAGCUUGGCACCCGUGGCGUCGCAAGAGUUGCUGGAAUGUUUCAUUGUGUCAUCGUUUACGCCGACGGGACUCCAUCUCCGUGUUUGAAUUCAGAGUUUCCUUCUCUUAGAUGAGUUGCCGUCUCUUAGUUGAGUUGCCUUCUCUUAGAUGAGUUGCCUUCUCUUAGAUGAGUUGCCUUCUCUUAGAUGAGUUGCCUUCUCGUAGUUGAGUUGCCUUCUCUUAGAUGAGUUGCCUUCUCUUAGAUGAGUUGCCUUCUCUUAGAUGAGUUGCCUUCUCUUAGAUGAGUUGCCUUCUCUUAGAUGAGUUGCCUUCUCUUAGAUGAGUUGCCAUCCACCUGGGGUGCUCGGUAUGUUUUGUUAGACUUCGUCUUGGGAGGGGAUUGAACUCCAGACCACAAACUUAAGGUUUGCUCAGUUUAGACCAUACUGAUGUGCCACCUUAAAAAAAAAAUUGUCUGAUGUGCCACAUUAGUAAAACAUUGUCUGAUAUGCCACUUCAGUAAAACAUUGUCUGAUGUGCCACAUGAGUAAAACACUGUCUAAUGUGCCACGUUAGUAAAACAUUGUGCCAUGUAUCACAUUCCUAAAACGUUGCCUGAUGUAUCACAUUCGAAAAACAUUGUUGGUUCUAUUAAGAAUUCGAUGGGCUCAUUUUGGAUAGGUUUGUACUCACUGACAGUUCGGGGUUGAGUUCCGGUUCGGUCGUCCGUAAGGUUCGGGUUCGUUUCGGGUUCGUUUCGGGUUCGUUUCGGGUUCGUUUAGAUUCCCAUCGAUAGUUACUGCACACUGCACAUGAUUUGCACACAAGAACCCCUAACGCUUUACUAUGACGAGUUGAUUUAAGACAUGGUUAUCAGUAGUGAGACGUAUUCACAUACCGGACAGAAGUUAAGGCUGUAGUAGGCUACAUACAAGAAGGGUACAUGAAAUGGGAAUGACAUGGUAAGGGUAACGGACAUUUGAAAAAAAAAAUUGUUUUCCUCUGAGGAGCUUUCAUUAGCAGACACAAAAGUAAAAGCAAAGACAUGGAAAUAAAUAAAGAUGGCGUUAUAGAGACGCUCAACUUCUGUCGUUAUCCAAGCUUUUACAUUCAAUCUCCUUUCUAGUUCACCAUCCUCAUCAUCAACUACAUGCCCCUUAGUCCUUGGACCGUGGGGGCACCACAGAUGACGUGAAAAAUACCCUCCUCCAUUCCUCUCUGUGGUCUGCACUUUGCACACUAUCGCCUAGUUUUAGUCCCGUCAGCUCUUUGAUGUUUUCUUCCAAUUUUUGUCUUCGUCUUCCUCUUCUUCUCCCUCCUCUCGUUGGGCCCUGCAUGAUUUCUUUGGCGAGACCAUUUUUUCUUGUUACGUGGCCAUACCAUUUCUAGUUCACUUAAAUCAAAAAGAAACCAUUUUUUAAAAAUAAAAAAGAUAAAGAAAUAAGUGCAUCAAUCAAAUGCUAUAUUGCGUUUGUUAAAAAUGAAUCUGAUCUGUUGCAACAUAAUUUCUAUUUACAUAAAUAUACUGUAAACAUAUUUUCUAUUUUCUUUUCAAAUUAUUAGUGGGCCAGACCCGGCCUGCCAAAGGUCCUUAACCCGGCCAGACUCAACCACCUUAUGGCUACAAGGUUGGCAGUAACGAAUCUAGAUACAGAUAUCGAGCAUCAAUUUAUACAAAAGCAGCACCAUACUUGCUAGUGAAAUAAGAAUAAUUAUUUGUCUUUUGAAUGUGUUUUCCCCGGUUUUUUUUAUUUUCUAAAUGCAUAUAUAGUCUAUGCAGUAAGCAUAUGAAUUCUUUCAGAUUAUUUUGAAACGAUCGUCUGAUCCAAAAAGAAAUCUACGAGUAAAAGUGAAUUGGCCCCCAAGUGUCCGUGACACAGUGAACCGGCCCCAUGUUUAAAAUGUUUAAGGACCCCUUGAGUAUAUUUUACGCUGCCCCAUUGAAAAGUAUCACAACAUAAUGUUGGCUUAAAUUAUCAAAACACUAAUUAUUCAUGGAUUACUUAUGGACAUUGUAUUCUUGUCUCCCUGUGAAGGUCACCACGAAGUUGAAGAGUCCUGCGACGGCGAGUCAGAUCUGCUCAGACGCAAAGCGGCGUGCACGAAGAACCCCGGGCACGCACACUUCAUCCCCGUGGCUUCGUUCACCAUCCACCACCUGCCGGAGCCCUACCGAACCGAUGAAGUGCACGAGCUGAUCCUCCUGCAGGCAGCGCUUACCGUUAAGGUCACGGUCACCUGCACGAGCCCCCAUCGACCAGAAUUCUACGCCGAAUCAGAAGCUCCGUUCCCUUUCUUCGGUAGGUCACGUGACACACUGACACGCACCGGAACCGGUUUCGUUCGGAGCCUUGCCUUAUUCAACGAGAAUGAAUGUGUACCUCUCAGCAGUAGUGAGUACCUCAGCUCAUCGACGCAGUGGCAAGUUGUUGGUGUGAUUGAAAUUCAAACAUCCUCUCACGUCGUCUACGAUGACGUGGAGGUGAAGCAAACCACGUGCGCACUGGGCUACGACGCGGAAGACGGAAGCGGCGUGGACAUCGGAGGUUUCGAGUACAAACGGGGCAUGUGGGUUGACGAGUCGAAUAUGGUGGGCGUGGUCGACGACUUGGGUGUGGCGAUUAAGCUGGCGAAGAAUGUGGAAAGGUACAGGGAACUGUGUGAAAACUUACGCCAGGUUUACGGAAGCAGCGACGCUGACAACAGACUUGCGGUCAUGGCGUCACACCCCCACGGGUGCUGUAAGCUGAUUUCGAUAGGGGAGCUGACCCGCGAGACCCUGCUGUACCGCACCGAGAGCGUAGCGAUGUACAACUACACGGUGCACACCUGUCCGGGCUGCAGCGGUGCAUACGUGUACAUCAUGGGUAAUUCCCAUUCAGGGUUAAAUCAGCGCCACAUGGGAGUCAACGCCCACGGCAAUCAUAGCGGGGAGGGACUUCGUAAACGUUAAUCUCUUACACAUAUUUUGCAUCUGGUGUGUCCUGCUUUCUAUUCGAAACCACCCGCCC